CCCAAAACACACAACUUUCAUACAUAUCGCACUGAAUUUUGUAGAAUAAGAAGAAUGAAGUUUUGGGCAGUGGUUUUGUUUUGUGUCUUGUCUGUAACAGGAGCAUUGGCACAAGAUGUUGGUGCUCUUGUUAGUAAAGACAUGUUUGAGAGACUGCUACUGCACCGCAACGAUGCCAAUUGUGCUAAAGGAUUCUAUACUUACGAUGCAUUCAUAGCUGCUGCUAGGUCCUUUGGAGCUUUUGGAACUACUGGAGACACCAACACUCGUAAGAAGGAAAUUGCUGCAUUUUUGGCUCAAACUUCUCAUGAAACUACUGGGGGGUGGGCAACAGCUCCAGAUGGUCCAUAUUCAUGGGGAUACUGCUUCAAGCAGGAACAAGGCAACCCUCCAGAUUACUGUGUCGCAAAUCAACAAUGGCCUUGUGCUCCCGGUAAAAAAUACUUUGGUCGAGGUCCCAUGCAAAUAUCCUAUAACUACAACUAUGGACCAGCUGGAGAAGCCAUAGGAGUGGAUUUGUUAAAGAAUCCAGAUGCAGUUGCAAAUAACGCAGUGGUUUCAUUCAAGACAGCGUUGUGGUUUUGGAUGACAGCGCAGCAACCAAAGCCCUCGGCUCACGAUGUCAUUACUGGUAAAUGGAGACCAUCAGGAGCUGAUUCAUCUGCUGGUCGUGUCCCUGGCUAUGGUUUAAUCACCAACAUCAUCAACGGCGGAAUUGAAUGUGGAAAAGGUUCUAAUCAAAAUAUGGAAAACAGAAUUGGCUUCUACAGGAGAUACUGUCAGAUUCUUGGAGUCGACGCUGGCAACAAUUUGGACUGCGCUAAACAAAGGCCUUUUGGGCAGUAAAUACCUUAGUCUGCUAAGUUAUACUUACUAUUAUAUAUAUAGUUCUCUUUCUACAAAUAAGUUGCUACCGUCUAUCUAUGUACUACUAUCAUGUGUGGCAUCAUGAGGUAUAAAUAUAAAUAAUAAAGUUUGGCCCAUCCAAACUAAGAUCGA